GAUUAACGCGCUCGCCGCGUUGACAUCCGGUUCAGCGUCUCAGCGGGAAGAAAGCCACUAAUUCGUGGAUAAUAGAGUGAGCGCGACACAAUGGAUGAGACUGAAGCACAAAUCGACUCACUCCGAUCCGCCGUCCUGACUGAGCUCUGCGGUAUCCUGACCAGUACACAGAACCUGUGAGUCUUCAUUUCCAGGUGAAGGAGCUUCAGGCACUCGUAGUCCUUACUGAUCCAGAAAACGGGAAACUUCUUCAGUCUCAGGCUACUGCUCUAGACUCCACCUGUGUGUGGAAGUCACUAUCACUGGCUGCUGAAACAGAUACUGACUUGUAGAUCAUGGCUGAGCAGGAGACCAAAGGAAAAGGAGAUGGGAAGAAGCUGAGGGAUACUGACAAUGACGACGAGCUGUCUGACACAGCAUCUUUGAGUGACUCUGAACCUGAAGUCCCUUCUGUGACAUAUGGCACCAAAGUAGAAGACCUGUCCUCCUCUGGGAGUGAGUCCUCAGAUGAAGACCCCCCUGAAGGCCAUACAGGCUCCCAACAGCCUCUUUUCCAGCUGAAGGGAAUGAGUGCUGGCUUCUCCUCCCGCAGCCACAACAUCUUUGACUGUCUGGAGAGCUCUGCCAAGAAUGCGAUGCCAGGCUUGGGAGAAGACAAUCUCAUAGACAAGACCUUUGUACGGCCCAUGCUGCCUCCACUGGCUCGCCAGAAGAAAGAUGGAGACAAAGGCUGCCUGUCAGCCUCUAAGCCGUCCACAAAGUCUGCUUCAUCCUCCAGGGUAGUGCCAGACUAUGUGGCACACCCAGAGCGCUGGACCAAGUACAGCCUGGAGGAUGUGCCUGAGACCAGCGACAGUAAGAACAGCCAAGUUGCCCAGGAGUACAUCUUUGGUCUACAACAGCAGAGACAGGGGAGAUGGCCUGUCAGUGUCCAGGAGUCUUUUACACCCGUCUUCAACCAGGACCACUCCAGCAUGUCCGACAAGAAAAUAGUGUUCUCUCGACCAAGCCAGGGGGGUGAAGCACAAUUAGAACGCAAGCCUGUAGUGGGGAAAAAGAGUGAGGUGGGCCUGUGCCAUUUGGAGGACUUAGAUCAAGAAUGUGUCCCUUCCAGCACUGGCAAAAGGAAGAGGAAGUGCGGAUCAGAUAAGGGCGAUGUAGGUGAUGGGCAGGAGCAGCCGCCGACUCCUGGGUUUAAUAGCAGCCGGAAAGUCAAUCGCAAAAACUUUCGCAGAGCUGCCGAAGGGGACGAAGACUGAGAAGACAUUGCCAGACAAUCCAGUGUGCACAGCCUGUGAAAGCUAGUUAAGAUAUGGCUUUUAAGUCACUGAUUUUUCUGGCCCUAAACAUAUAUUUGUCAAACGUAUUUAACAGUGUUUGUUUGCCAUUUUAACAUGGAGACAACUUGGAAAUACAUGUGUUCUGGUGUACAUAAAAUUUUAACCCUGUCAGUGAUGUGGUCAUUUAGGUUUUGUUUUAUGGAGUCCCCCUCCAAAGUACCUUUCCUCGUACCUUUCCCCUUACCUUUUGUAUAUGUAGUUAGUCAUGUCUCAGGAAUGCAUCUGAUGUAAUUCUGUAGUACUUAAAUAUGUUGGAAGUGUCUAAAAUGGGCUUCCACUUUUUCUGAUGGCAGGUUGUGUAUGCUUUUGUAUUGUCUAUCUUUGAUUCAAAUAUUGCUGUUUGCAUCCUUGUUAGGUGUCCUUGUUCAUUCGCUAAAAUAAAGCAAUUUUGUU